AUGAAGAGAAUAGUGAAGAGGUAUCUAGCUCAGAUAGCUCAGAGGAGAGGUGCAGUAAGAGCAGUAAGAGCUGCCUCUACAACAGCUGGCGCGCCAGCUGUUGAUAAAGCUAUGGGUGCAACAGCUGAUGCUAACGCACCAGCUGUUGAUAGUGCUGCACCAGCUGUUUUCCUGACCCUCCUCCUUUCCCGUCUCCCAAUCAUCACCCCUGACCCAUCCCCAUUCGAAGCCCAGUUCUACUCGUACCAGUCUGAACUACUCAAAAGACUCAUGUGGACAUUCCCUAAAUGGUUCUACUAUAAAAAGGGCACUCUUGGUGAAAUCAGGUAUACCCAGAUCAACAAGCCUCCUGUAAGCAAUGACCGUAGUAUCAUCUACCCAAGAGGGAGGCCGCAGUUGCGGCACCUCAGAGACCUUCGGUUCAAGCAGGAGAUCCGUUUACCUAAAACAUAUAGAGAGGAGGACCAGAUGAUGGGGCAGAGUGAAGAGAAUGUAAAGGAAAAAGAUAUGUCUAGGAAAAUCAUCCCUAAUAAGAGAGACCAAGAAGGGAGAGGCCUUGAACGGAAAUUGCAGAGAACAUUAUAUAUGGUGAGGAAGGAGGAUGGGAAGUGGAGGUUUCCAAGAUAUCAGGUGGGGGGAGCAGCAGGAGAGGGAGGAGGAGGAGCAAGCUCCUCCUCCCUCCACUCAGUUAUCCACCACCACCUCUCCAGUGUCAACCACUUUAUCGUCUCCCCACAGCCAUGCCACCAUCUCACCCACCCAUAUGGCAAAGAGUACUUCAUCAAAGCACAUAUAUUGUCUGGUGAGUUAAAAGGUGAAUACCAGUGGUUGACUAAGGAGGAGUUGAGAGAGGUGUUGGGAAAGGAGUAUGAGGGGGUGAAACAUUUGCUCAGCACCUAG